UGAGUGAAGAGGCGCCAGCUCUACCCCUAUAUGCUUUCACUGCUCCAACAACAACAACAACCCGAUUCAACUCAACUCGACCCAACCCAACCCAACCCUAUUACUUCCUCUCUCUUUCUCUCUCAGUUGAGUUGAGUUUUGUUUCUUAGCUUCCCCAUUAUUACAAACCUCUCAACUUCCUUUUUACUUCUCUCUGAUGAAAAAAACCUGUAUUUUCAAUGCUGCUUUUCUCUCUCAAAUGGUGCUUUACUUUUGUCUGAACUCAUCUAUGAGCCUUUGAAAAACAAAAGACUCCUCCUUUGACCCAGAAACUUUGAAACACAAGAAAUGAACUUUGUAUCUUCUUCUGCUUAAAGCUUUGAUCUUUGCAGCUCUAUUUGAAAUGUAGUGUACUGGGUCCUCUUGAAACUUUGGGGUUGGGUUUUUUUUUUUGUUCAUGGUGUUGAUGAGUACUGCUUCAAACCCAUGAAGAAUUUUCAGUGGUAUAAGCAAAUUUCCAACAAUGGCAAACCAGAGGGGAGGCUGUCACUUGGAGAAUACAAUAGGGCGGUUUCGUGGUCCAAGUACUUGGUAUCUCCAGGGGCUGAGAUUAAAGGCGAAGCAGAGGAAGAUUGGGGUGCUGACAUGUCCCAAUUGUACAUUGGCUGCAAAUUUGCUUCAGGGAGACAUAGCAGGAUUUACAGAGGGGUUUAUAAGCAGAAGGAUGUAGCGAUUAAGCUUAUAAGCCAGCCGGAGGAGGAUGCCGACUUGGCUGUUUUGCUCGAAAACCAGUUCACUUCAGAAGUGGCUUUGCUGUUUCGAUUGCAACACCCGAAUAUCCUCACUUUUGUUGGAGCUUGUAAGAAGCCUCCUGUGUUCUGCAUAAUCACCGAGUAUUUAUCCGGGGGAUCGCUGAGAAAGUAUCUCCAUCAGCAGGAGCCACACUCCCUUCCACUCAGCCUAGUUCUCAAAUUAGCCCUUGAUAUUGCACGCGGAAUGCAAUAUCUUCAUUCUCAAGGUAUACUUCAUAGGGAUCUCAAGUCGGAAAAUCUAUUGCUAGGAGAAGAUAUGUCUGUGAAAGUUGCGGAUUUUGGUAUCUCGUGCUUGGAAUCACAGUGCGGCAGUGCUAAGGGGUUCACCGGGACUUACCGUUGGAUGGCCCCUGAAAUGAUAAAAGAGAAACACCAUACGAAAAAAGUUGAUGUUUACAGUUUUGGCAUAGUUCUUUGGGAACUUUUAACAGCACUGACACCAUUUGACAACAUGACUCCGGAACAGGCUGCAUUUGCAGUGUCACAGAAGAAUGCAAGACCUCCGUUGCCGCCCACAUGCCCAACGGCAUUCAGUCAUCUCAUCAACCGAUGUUGGUCGAGUCGUCCGAAGAAGCGACCGCACUUCGAUGAGAUAGUUUACAUUUUGGAAGGUCAUGCAGAGUCCCUUGAGCAGGACCCAGAUUUUUUCUCAUCCUACAAGUCUCCCCAAGAUCACACCCUUUCCCGAUGCUUUCCAAAAUGGAUCGGUCGCCACUGAUCUGCAUAUUGAAAACUGGGAAUUCUUUCUUCUAGAAAUCAAGUAUCAAUGUUAAAUACCAUGAGCUUUUCUUGUCUAGGUUCACAUCUUCAUACAAUUAUUAUUGAUUACGAUUAUGAUUAUGAACCUUUCUCUUUAUGUCUUGUUAACCAUCUCCUCUGAGAAUAUUGAAAUGAAAGCACUUCCUUCUAUCUGUGUUUUA